CGGAAGUUGUAGCCCUUCAGUGAAAGUGAAGUCGAGCGCUCGCUCGCAGAUCAGCGCCUGCCUGGUUCUGACUGGAGCUUUGGGUUUUGAGCUUCUGGUUCUGGUUCUGGUUCAUUUCUGUAGAAUCCUGGGAGGUUCGACGCGCGAGUUUAGACUGAAAUCUACAGCAGCAGAAGCCCAUUAUCAGUGAGAAUAGGGUUGUUUUGAGGUCAGAUGUCAUCCGCGAUGAGGCCGUAACAGAAGCUUUUCCUGAGUUUGGUCCUGAUUUUUGCCAGAAUGGCCACUGCUAAGAAAGCGUUGUCUAAGACGGGGGGUGUUCGCUUCGCUGAGGAACCUGCUGCAGCCGCCGCCGCUCACACUCAUGUGCAUUUUGACGAGAAACUGCACGACUCCGUCGUCAUGGUGAUACCCGAGUCCAACGGGAACUUCCUGGUGAAGGUGGGCUUCCUGAAAACACAGCACCGAUAUGAGAUCGUGUUCACACUGCCUGAGACGCCAGAGCUUGGGAAAGACGUGUGUCCUGCCCCCAUCCCCAAUCCUCACCUCCGUAUCACUAACUUAACACCGUCCUCAGACGGAGGUCUGAGGGUGACUUGUGAAUAUAUGGCCCAUCAGGAGGGAGUGAUGUGUGAGGAGGUGCAGAUUCUUAGCGAGAGCAAAGAGGAUGUGAGUGUGAAGGUCAAAGUUCAUGCUCGUGUCAUGGACCGUCAUCACGGCACUCCGAUGCUGCUGGAAGGCGUGCGCUGCAUAGGAGCAGAACUCGAGUACGACUCCGAGCAAAGCGACUGGCAAGGCUUCGACUGAACGCCUGAACCUCACAGACUUCCCACUCAGUGCCACAUAUCUCGUGUCGGCAGCGACAGAAUAUUCCAGAUUCUGGAAUUCUGCUGUCAGUGUCACUGCUUUCUGCUCGCAGCGUUUGGAAACAAACUGUGGUUACUAGCUUGUUUGUACUGUUACAAUGGAAUGCAGGAAUGAUCUAUCGUUUACUGUAGCUCUCUGUGAUUUGUCGUUUUUCAGGUUUGGAUAAAAAACAAUCAAAUUGUGUGUGUUUGCUCUAACUGAAUUCCAGUGUUAUGACUGAAUGUUUCUUUCAGAUAAAAACAAAUAUAAUAUGCUCUUAUGUCUGUGCUUCUGCACUUUCUUGCUCCAAUCUGAUGUGAAUCUAACGUUUUUUUUUUACUAAUUCUAUGAGUGAUGCUUGUGCUCACUGUGAAUCAGCCUCUUGUAUUUGUACCAGUAGGAGGCGCUGCUGACUACAAAAUCAAUCUUACAUGUUUCACUUUGUGUUGGCAUCUUGGCUUUAAAGUUUUGAUUCAUCUACUGAAAUGAAUUUGAUUAGUCAUUUUAGAUCCAGCAAAUGUUGGAGAUUUUGUCUGCCCUGAUAGAUUUUUAAUGCGAUCAUCACUUUAAGGGCUGUUCAUUCUUCUUUAGUGUGUAACAUUCUGUUUUUUGAGCCAAAGUGCCUGAAAUCAUGGACAUUUUUAGUUUAUUUGAUUGAUGCCAGCAUGUAAAUCGAGCUAUUACAUUACAUUGAAUGUUGACAGCCUUAUUCCAGCAUAGUAUUGUAUGUCUAUUCUUAACUCCAUUUUACUGCUUUUAUGGGGUCUCUGUAAAAGUUAGUGUCUUUUCAAAUGGAAAUUCAAAAGAAUGAUCUUCAUUGGUCUUCACUGUUGAUGGCUUGUUU